GAAAGUCGACUGUGCUGUGUUGGAAGUCGGCGGAGAACUGCCUGCUCCCGUGAGCUCGUCAGGGCUGAUCAACAAAGCAUAACCUUAACAAACUCUCGACGUUGAGUGGUGGGGAGUUGAGGCGUCGACCAAGUUUCUUUGGCGUCACUCCGUACAUGUCGGGAAACGAGCAUCAGCGAGGCGAUCUGAAAAAUAUUCGACGGGAGGGGACUGAAAGCUCAAGAAUACAAACCUGAAAGGAGUCAACUUCGUGCCUCAGAGGUGAUUGUUGGUAUUCCACGACUUGCAGUUAUUCGCGUGCACGAUGGAAGCAAGCAACGGCUUUCGGUUAUCACAGUGGAAGCAGUGCCUUGCAGCAUUCGCAUCAACUCUAAUGUUCUUUCCACUUCAAGUCGAUGUUUGGUCGAGGCUGGAGCCCGAAGGAUUUCUCAAAUUCAUUUACCUCGUGUCAGGUGUUGUCUCAGUCAUAUGCGGUGCUAUUAUAGCAGCAGUUUGCUCUGAUUGUUUUGGACGAAAAAAAACCAUGUUAGCGUCAUCACUCUUUCUGCCAUUUGGAAUUGCUUUCAUUUUUUCUGCACAUUUAAGUAAUGUAGUACAGAUCCUGUCCUUAAUUAAAAUGUUUUUUAGUCUCGGUUUCACCAGAACUGCUAUUGCUCUUUAUAUUUCGGAAAUUACCAGCAUCAAUAUUCGUCAAACCGCUAUGGUACUUCCGCUGGUGACUCUGCCGAUCUUUCAACUGUUUGGGGAUUUAGCCUUGCGAUUUUUAACCGACCAUUUCGUUAGUGAUGCACAGGAUUUCAUGUUGGUAUAUCAAAUCAAAGCUACUGUUUUUGCCGUAAUCGCGACAUUGUUGUUCAGUAUAAUACUUUUACUGUGCCCUGAGACACCCUAUUACUUGAACUGGAGAAAGAGGUGCAAAGAAACCGAACGGUCCCUCAGUUUUUAUACCGGAUACAAGUACGUCAGAACAGCAGAAUUGAUACCGGAACCCCGUGGCAAUUCGCGAUUAAAGGCGUACGCGCAGGAAUGGAAAGAGAAACUGAGAGCAAUCACCGAAAUGAAAAAUAUUCGUAGUUUGGGCAUCAUUUUUGUAUUAAUAUUGAUAAAAUGGGGGUUUAGACAACACCUAAAUCUACAAGCUAUAUAUGAUAUGUUACGUUUGUAUACGAAUAUCUCUAGUUUCGAUGGUUUGAUUGUAAGUUUUGCAAUAGCAAUUUUCACCAGCUUUCUGGUAUUGCCCGUAAUUUUAUUCGCGAGGAAAAUAUUUCUGUUAGCAGUGAUCGUAAUCAGUUUUAUAGCAACUUUGAUCGGGAUAUGGAUAAAAUCUGUUGUAAUACUUUCUGUACUUAAUUACGUGAAAUUCUUGGGUCACUUCAUUUUCACUGGUGUCGCGUGGUCCUCUUUAGGAAUUUUAUUUCCGACGAAUGUCAAAGCCAUCGCCAUUGCUAUUGGCGUGAGCUUAGACAUGCUGAUAGGUUCUAUAAUGUCCUUGAUCGAGUAUUUCAUAUACCAGAAUGUUAAUCAACAUGGAGCCGUAUACGACUUUAUACAUCUCCCACUAAAAUCUUACGUCGACUUAGGUACUCUUGUUGUGGCUUUUAUCUUAGUCUUGAUAUUCAUUCCAAAAACGAUCAAGGUGCAGCCUGAGGGAACGUUUAAGAAUUAUGCUGUAGUGCGAUCCUGAGAUUUGAAGUCAACAAAGUGAUGGGGUGCAGCCCGCCGUUGUGGAAGUAGGAUCCAAAAUUUUAUUAUCGAAAGAGUUUGAAGAACUCAUUUCACCAGAUUUCAGUAAAUCGAGACGCUGUUCUCGAUUGCUUUUCUCAAAAUUCCCAUCAACGAUUCUGUUAUUCCGAGAGUCGGACAGCGCUGCACACUCGGGACUAGUGAGGUACCCGAGAACCAAUAUUCUUAGUUAUGACAAAAUUUGCUUUAAUGCUUUUUAUUUUUGUAAUCGGAAACAGUUUGUCUGCAUUAAAUGGCAAGUAAGUU